AUGCAGACUAUUAAGUGUGUGGUCGUUGGUGAUGGUGCUGUGGGUAAAACCUGUCUCUUAAUUUCAUAUACCACAAACAAGUUCCCAUCAGAAUAUGUACCAACGGUAUUUGACAACUAUGCUGUCACAGUUAUGAUUGGUGGCGAGCCGUACACCCUAGGGCUAUUUGAUACAGCAGGACAGGAAGACUAUGAUAGAUUACGACCCCUUAGCUAUCCUCAGACAGACGUGUUCCUUGUCUGUUUCUCAGUGGUCUCUCCAUCUUCAUUUGAAAAUGUGAAAGAAAAGUGGGUACCUGAAAUCACUCAUCACUGUCCCAAGACUCCGUUUCUGCUUGUCGGGACACAGAUCGACUUAAGAGAUGACCCCUCCACAAUCGAGAAGCUGGCAAAAAAUAAACAGAAACCAAUCACUCCAGAGACAGCUGAAAAGCUGGCCCGAGACUUGAAGGCAGUUAAAUAUGUGGAGUGUUCCGCACUGACGCAGAAAGGCCUAAAGAAUGUAUUUGACGAGGCGAUAUUGGCCGCACUGGAACCUCCGGAGCCCAAGAAGAAACGCAAGUGUGUGCUGCUAUGA